AUGGCAAAUCGGAAAGAUGAAGAGAAGCUCGAUUUUGACGAAGCUUGGAAAAAAUGCAGAGAGAAAGGAAAAGCAACAGUAAAAGCAGCAAGAGAUGCAAAACUGCAACCAGGUGCCAGUGGCAGUGGCCGAAUGAAACAAAAAGCAUACAUCACCAUCCAGAAGAUGGAGUUUAUAGAGGAGCGAGCAACAUACGCUGCAGUGGGUGUGAGAGAGCGGAUUCCAUUUGACGAAAAUCUCACCAUAAAAAAUGUGAAAAGGGCCAUUUCAAGCCAUUACGGGAGAACUGCCAAGGAUGUUCAUUUGGUUGGAGGCCCACAUGGUCCGGUGUAUUUCGACGAUGCACACAUACAAAGAAAGUCCAUAUUUUUUGCACAUGUGGAUGAAAAAAGAAAAUCACAAUCAGAGGAGGAAAAGGGUGACGGCUAUGACUCUCUUCCCAAGUUAGAAACGAGAGCUGCAAUUCCUAAAACUCGAAUUGGCUUCACACGGUUUCUGAAGGCAGGCCGCGCAAUACCGACACCACGCGUGCAUGGCAAACCAUGAACGCCAUGAACGCCGUGAACAUGAUGACGCCAUGAACAU